AUGUUUAAUCGUCUGAAAUUUUGGGAACGUCAAAAACCACAAGUGUGUACGCGUCAGGUGUUUGUUAAUGAGCCUUUGCCACAAAGCAAGCUUGAUAAAAAGGGACGUCCAAGACAAUGUUAUGUUACCAACAAAAUCACAACUUCAAAGUAUUCGAUUUUAACCUUUGUGCCAAAAAACUUGUAUGAACAAUUCCAUCGUAUCGCCAAUUUUUUCUUUUUGUUAUUAGUAAUUUUGCAAUGGUUUCCAGAAUUCGCCACCAUAAAUCCUAUAGUAGCAGCUUUACCAAUGUUUAUAAUAACGAGUAUAACUGCUAUAAAGGAUGGGUUUGAAGACUUUAAACGACACGUGACCGAUAGAUCUGUUAACAAUAGGAAGACGUGGACAUUAGGAAACUGGACAAAUUAUAAUUAUCCAAAUCCAAGCUCUGGUCUUUUUUCUUUUCAAUCAAAAAAAAAAACUUCAGAAAAAUUAAAUGAAAAGGAUCCAAAUUGGAAACAAACAAUGUUUAGAGAUGUUCGGGUAGGAGACUUCAUUAAAUUACAUAACGAUGAUUUCAUUCCGGCUGAUAUCCUCAUCCUUUCAACUUCGGAACCUAAUUCACUUUGCUAUGUAGAGACUAAAAAUCUUGAUGGUGAAACAAAUCUCAAGAUUAGAUCAAGUGUACCAGAAAUUGAUCAUUUAGAAACUCCUGAAGAUUGUACAUCAAUUAGGUUUUUUGUAGAUUCUCAACCACCUGCCCCAAACUUAUAUAGUUAUAAUGCUACAUUGGUAUUUCCGGAUGGUUUACCGGACAGACCACGUUCCCGUGGUGGCCCUAGUAAAGUACCGGUCAAUUUCAAUUCAUUGUUGAUGAGAGGUUGCAUAUUGAAAAAUACUGAAUGGGUAAUUGGGUUGGUUGUGUUUACUGGCACUGAUACGAAACUUGCGCUGAAUUCUGGUACAACACCAUCAAAAAGGAGUCAGAUAGAGAGACUGAUGAAUCCACAAGUUAUCGCAAAUUUGGUUAUUAUGACAUUAAUGUGUGUGUGGUGUUCUGUUGGAACAAGAAUAUGGGAAACUGGGUUUAAUAAAUUAGAUCCGCCAUAUCUUGAUACAAAAGAUAAUAUUGGACUUAGCGCCUUUAUGGCAUUUUGGAAUGCUUUAAUCUGUUUUCAAAACAUUGUUCCAAUCUCAUUGUACCUGUCAAUUGAAUUUGUAAAGAGUGUUCAGGCGUUCUUUAUUUUUAUGGAUAAAGAAUUGCAUUAUGAUGUAACCGAUACACCAUGUAUUCCGAAGAACUGGAAUUUAUCGGAUGAUUUAGGUCAGAUUGAAUAUAUGUUUUCUGAUAAAACUGGUACGCUAACGCGUAACGUGAUGGAAUUUCGUAAAUGUUCUAUCGGUGGUAAGACUUACGGAGAAUAUCGAAGCGAAGACACAUCUGAUUCUGAUAAUAAAAUAUCAAAGAAACCAUUUACCGAUAAAGAGCUUUCGCUUGAUAUAAAGGAUCAAGCCAAAUCAGCAACCAUUAAAGAUUUUUUCACUCUCCUUGCGAUAUGUCAUACAGUCCUGGUUAGUACAAAUGCCGAUGGUGAACAACAAUACAAAGCACAAUCUCCCGAUGAAGCCGCACUUGUGCAAGCUGCUAAGGAUGUUGGAUAUACUUUUCAUUCACGUGAACCAGACAGUAUAUUUAUCACUACGCCUGAGGGCGAAAAAAUUCGCUAUGAAUUAUUGAAUAUACUCGAAUUUACAAGCUCACGAAAAAGGAUGAGCAUUAUUGUGCGGAACCCUGUAACUCGUCGUAUUAUUUUGUUUUGCAAAGGAGCGGAUAACGUUAUUUUUGACCGGCUAAAAAUUGGACAAGAUUAUAUCGUUAAUGUCACUGGUGAGCAUCUGGAAGAGUUCGCGAGAGAAGGUCUUAGAACACUUUGUCUAGGUUAUGCUGAAAUUAGCCAAGAAGAAUAUAUCAAGUGGAAUAAUGAAUACCGUGAGGCCUCAACUGCACUUAAUGAUCGAGAUAAGAGGGUCGCUGAUGUUUCUAACAAGAUCGAAAGAGAAUUGAUUUUGCUUGGAGCUACUGCGAUAGAAGAUCGUUUACAAGAUGGUGUGCCAGAGUGUAUUGCUACUUUAAAACGCGCCGGCAUAAAAAUCUGGGUGUUGACAGGCGAUAAAAUGGAGACGGCAAUCAGUAUUGGUUUCUCUACUUGUUUACUAAGUAGGGAGAUGAAUCUUAUUAUCGUUAGGGGUGGUGCUUAUGGUGAACCUGGUAGUGCUUAUGAACAAAUGCGUAAUGCGGUAGAAAAGUUCUUUCCAAGUGACCUUGAUAUUCUCGAGUCUGCGAAAGCACCUCCUGUUGAACCAAAGGGUAAUGGUCCUCGACCAUCAAUGACACACACACGCGAAAUGAGUUUUGGUGGUAUUUCUCUUUUUUCCGAAAACUUGUCAAAUAUACAUCGUCCUGGUGGAUAUGCUCUGAUAAUCGAUGGUUCUGCCCUCAAACAUGCUCUAGAUGAACCCUUUAGUCGAAGCUUACUUUUAGAUUUGGCUUGUCGAUGUAAGGGAGUUAUUUGUUGUCGUGUUUCUCCUCUGCAAAAAGCUAAAGUUGUAGAGUUGGUUAAGGAAGGGAAGCAGGCUGUAACUUGUGCGAUAGGAGAUGGUGCCAAUGAUGUCAGCAUGAUUCAGGCUGCGCACAUUGGCAUUGGUGUAGCAGGGGAAGAAGGACUACAAGCUGUUAUGGCAUCUGACUAUGCCAUUGCACAAUUUCGCUUUCUUACUCGUCUCCUAUUAGUUCAUGGGCAUUACGCCUACAUUCGCAAUUCUUCCCUGAUUCUAAACUUCUUUUAUAAGAAUAUGAUUGGUGUUGGUGUUCUGUUUUGGUUCCAAUUAUUCGAUGGAUAUUCCACGACAGUCGUUUUUGAGUAUACAUAUACAUUGUUUUGGAAUUUAUUCUUCACUUGUUGUGCUGUGUUGGCCAUUGGUGUUUUUGACCGUGACGUACCUGAUAGAGUGGCAAUAGAAGUACCAGAAUUAUAUCAAUGGGGAAUGAAAAAGAAAGGAUAUACGAUGCCCAUUUUUUUUGUAUAUAUGCUUGAAGGAAUAUACCAGUCCUUGGUAUGCUUUUUUGUUCCAUAUUUUGCUUAUGGUUUAGGAAGCGUAAACACAAGUGGUCGUCAACCCGAUUAUCUUGAACUUGGCACAGAGAUGGCAGCAGCUUGUAUUACAGUGGCCAAUUUGUUUAAUGGGUUUAAUUUUCAAUGUUGGACAGUGUUUCAUUUUAUUUCCGUAUUUGGAUCCAUCGGGUUAAUAUAUAUUUACAUCGCAAUAUAUAGUUUAGUGCCAGAUAUGCAAGAUUCAGGAAUUUAUGGCUUUAAUAAUAUUGUAUAUCAUUCUGCCGUAUUUUGGUUUUGUAUUAUAUUAUCUAUUAUAGUUUCUAUAUUACCACGUUUUCUAUGGAAAUACUGGCAAAGAAAUUAUUUACCUACAGAUGCUGAUAUUGUGGAAGAAGUGUGCAAGAAAGAUCCCCAAUUUAGUUUUAUUCGAAAUAUUCAUUUCAAUCCAACUUUAGGAAUUUACAGAAGUUUAACACGUGAAACAGCUCUUUCCGGUCAAGAAUCAGCUGUGCCUAUCUAUACGGAUGGUAUACUUACUCAUACUCCUCGACCUAGUUUUGCGACUGAACGUUCUUCAAGCACUACUUCAGGAUUACAGAUAAUUACCCAAGUAGAGCAAGGAAGUGGUAUUGAAGUACCAGAGACUCCGGCCAGCAUGACAUUUAUGCAAACAGGCUUAACAAAGCCUAUGCGUGGUUAUGCAUUUUCGCAAGAAGAAGGCGCAGGAAGAAUCAUGGCGCCACCUUUACGACGCCGUAAAACUAAUCCCGGUCCAUUGGGACAAUCGGCUAGAAUCGAAACUAGUCCACUACGUCGAAUGAGUUUACCGGACGUGAGAGCAUCUGCCGAUUUAACAACACGAGUUGUAAAUAGCGAGGAAAGGAUACGUAUGGUUCAAUUCAGAGAAUCAAAUAGCUCAACAAGCACAUACAACGUACAUUCUAGGGAAGAAAGCGAAAGUUUAAGCGAAUCUCCCAUUUCAGAAUCAAUACAACAAAGACUGAUCAAUAAUGAACCAAUAUCUAUAGAGGUGAUAAAUAAUGAUAUUAAUGAUAAUAUUGAUCAAAACAUAAACAUUAAUCAAGCAAGAGAUACGGACAAUAUUGAUCGAGAAGAAACGACUGAAUAG